AACUUGUGAACUCGACAAUAUUGUAUUGUCGGACUCGAGAUAACAUUUUUCCAAACACUCGAACAGCCAGCCAUUCUCUUACAUUAUUCUCGGCUCCCAAUACCUGGAAACUAUUGUUUCUUUCGGAUAACCGCUAUCCCAUUCCCAUUCAUCAUUGUCUCGCUUCUUGACCUCAACCGCCCAGACCUAUUCUCGCAAUUUCAAGAAAGACUACGGCAUUUCAGUAUCUUGGUGUUUCGUACCCAAAGAGCUCCUUGUCUGCUGCUAAGGCCUGAGGGCUUGUAUUUUGAUUUAACGUCGCAUAUUUUCGACCUCUUGCAUGACAGGCCAUACCUUUCAGUCGUUUAUUUUCAACAUCUACUGAAUACCAGUCCUGGUGACGGGUUGGUCGGUCAAUAAUGGACACAUUAGGACCCCCGUUACUGCAGUCAAGCAGUGAUCUAGAUAUGCAGCCGAAUACACAGGAACUUAUGCAUUUACAACAGCAACAGAUUCAACUACAUGAAAAUAUCCAUACAGGAUCUAUCAACGAGGUAUUGUCAAACGGUAAUGGCAAUGGAUUUGUUGACCCCAGGGUCCUAACUACUACGGAAGACAUGGCAAUAACCUAUGACUAUCAUGACCCAGAGGAUGAUUUGUAUUCGUCAUCAUCAGAAGACACAAAGAUUAUAGCUAUUCCACGCCAAGCAUAUCUCCCUUCUGGGGUUUGUUAUGACGAUCGAAUGAAGUUACACACCUCUGGAGACUAUUCAGAUAAUACGGCACACCCAGAAGACCCUCGACGGAUAGAACAUAUAAUGAGAGCCUUUAAAGACGCUGGCUUAGUCUAUACUGGUAGUGCGGAAAACGUCGAGAAAAUUCUCAAGGAAUCACCUAAUAAGUACAUGCAGCGUAUCAUGGCAAGAUUAGCUCGAAAAGACGAGAUCUGUCUGGCACAUACUGCAUUCCAUUAUGACUGGGUUGAGUCCUUGUUAAGCAUGACCUCUGAAGAAUUGCGCGAGGCAAAUCAAAGAUAUGAUACUGGCCGAAAGUCUCUUUAUGUUGGACCUUGUACUUACGACGCUGCACUUGUCGCUGCAGGUGGUGCGAUAGAAACUUGCAAACAUGUUGUUGUGGGGAAUGUAAAAAAUGCUAUUGCCAUCAUUCGACCACCUGGACAUCACGCCGAAGAGAAUGAAGCACUAGGAUUUUGUGUCUUCAAUAACGUGCCUAUCGCUGCUAAAGUCUGUAUGGCGGAUUAUCCUGAGAUAUGUAGAAAGGUAUUGAUCCUGGAUUGGGAUAUUCACCAUGGAAACGGCACCCAGAACAUGUUUUACGACGAUCCAAACGUCUUAUAUAUCUCACUCCAUGUAUAUGACAAUGGCCAAUUUUAUCCUGGCCAACCUGAUGAUCCUAGCCUUCCCGAUGGUGGUAACGAUAAAGUCGGUCGUGGACCCGGCCUUGGCAAGAAUGUCAAUAUCGGAUGGGUCUCUCAAGGUAUGGGAGAUGGAGAGUACAUGGCAGCAUUCCAAAGGAUUGUCAUGCCUAUUGCCCAAGAGUUCGAUCCGGACCUUGUCAUUAUUUCUGCAGGAUUUGACGCUGCCGCGGGAGACGAACUUGGAGGAUGUUUUGUAACACCAGCCUGCUAUUCUCACAUGACCCAUAUGCUCAUGUCUCUUGCUGAUGGAAAAGUGGCAGUUUGUCUCGAGGGAGGUUAUAAUUUAGCAGCAAUAUCACAAUCUGCUCUUGCAGUCGCCAAAACUUUGAUGGGAGAACCACCAAUUAGGCUUCCUAUUCCACCAUUGAAUAGAACCGCUGCCGGAGUCUUCGAAGAAGUCAAGUACUAUCAAUCUAAAUAUUGGCAAUGUAUGCGAUCUGGAGUCGUUGACUACAAGGAACCAAAAUUUAGAAGAGCCCUUCGUCUUGAUGAUCAAAUCAGAAAUGGUCAAAGCAACACGUUGAAGACGAACUACCGGAUGACUUCCUUGUGGAUUCAACGGCAUCAACUUGCAAGAUCCUUUGACAAUCAAGUUAUGGUUACCCCAUAUAUCAAUCUUGCGAAAAGAUUACUGAUAAUCGUUCAUGAUCCUCCGACAUUACACGCUUCCCCUGAUCCAGACACAGCUCAAAUCGCCUUACAUAACGCCUUUGUUGUCGAACCUCCAGUUAAUGAUUUUAUCGCCUGGGCUAUUGAAAACAAAAUUGGUGUAAUGGAUAUCAACAUCCCGUUGAACACAGACAUCGCCCCUCCUGCCACCAGUCGUUACCCUUCCCACCCUGGUAUGACUGAGCUCGAAAGUCAAAUGAAAGAUCUUGUUUGCUAUAUUUGGGACAAUUUCAUCCAACUUUAUGACUCAGAUAAUAUCAUCCUUAUGGGCGUUGGCGACUCUUAUCUUGGUAUCAAACAGUUACUAACCUCUAGAGAUUGCCGUAAUCGUCUCGCCGGGAUACUUGCCUUUAUAACUGGUAGUCUUCGACCUGUUAAGAGCGAAACGGAUUCAGCUCUAAGUAGUUGGUACAAGGCAAAUAGUGAGAUUUACGUUGCUGGCAAACAUGCGUGUUGGAAUGACGAAGAAAGCAUUAGGAAGGUUAAAAAACAGCGAUUUGGAAAGGUGGUGCGAAGUGAAGAGACGGACUUGGCAAGUAUGUUGCAGAUACAUCAGCCGAGGGCAAAGAAGUGGAUGCUUGCAAAGUUUGAUGAGAAAGCGGUAGAUGACCAGGUUAUGGUGAUGGGGGAUGAGAUUCCGGCGACUGAUAUUGAUGGUGGUAAUAUGUCAACAAUGAUGGAGACUCAAUUUGUGUAAAUAAUCUGGGGCAAGGGAUAUCAUUAUUUGCUCAGGUAGGACCGAAGUUUGCAAAUUCCCUGUGAUGGAACUCAUGAGCGAUCGUGAGCUAGUCUAGUUGAAAGGUUGGGGAGAAUGUUUAGAAUAGUCAACAAGCCUAUUCCUAAGGAUAUGCUGCGCAUGUAUUGCGAGGGGGGAAUAUUAGAAUUUGCUGGUCAUGCCAUGUUUUGAAGAUUGCAUAUUUUGGGGGCGUCUUAUUAGCUUAUUAAAGUCAAGGUACAAGAUAAUUUAAAUCAGUCUUCAUU